GUGUCGCCAAGCGUGCUGCGUGCCGAAAGCCGAAUCGUGGCGCUCAUUUGCCGUCGCGCCCAAUUCCAAAGCCGCUAGCUAUACCUGCCUAAAUAUGCUCAGCUGCGACCCUUUGAAGGCGACAUAGAGGCCCCUCGCAACCUGCCCAAGUUCUGACUUAUCGCUGUCUUUUGGUUUCUUUGGCGUUCAAGAGAAACACGAGUCCGACAUAUAAGGUCGCAAUAUAGAGUUAGGCUAGGCACGUUUCGGCUGCACGAUGUCGUCGACGAGGAGCUUGGCCGCGCAGGUUCCGGGGCUGCUUGGCUCGUUGUGUCGGCUACGAGUAUCAUAUGGAGCUUUGCAGCCUUCCGCAUUAGCAGCGUGGAUGACCGCGGGACCGCAGCUCGUUUCGGCGUGCCGCAACGAUGCAACACCUGUCUCGAACAUCGGAAGCCUUGGAGCCGUGCUGGCGACCGUCCGGCACCAAUCCGGAGCAGCGCACCAGUCUUCUAGUGGGCGUCCCAAGGGCUGGGAGCAGCUGCAACAGGACGGGCACCGCGUGAAUCCGUGCAACUCGCCGAACCAUCCAGCGGUGGUUCAGGGCGUCCUGCCGACGCCCGAGGGCGAUGAGCUGUCAGUGCAGGAGGCCUACAACCCGGAGAGCUCCUGCUUUGGAUGCGGCCCCUCCAGCCCCGACGGAUUGCAGCUGCGCUCCCACCGCAUGCCCGGCGAGGGGCUGGGGCGGCUGGAGGCGCGCGUGACCAUACCCUCCCGCUACUGCGCCUUCCCCGGCAUCGUCAACGGCGGUAUUCUGUCCACACUCAUGGACUGCCAUGGCAACUGGGCAGCUGCGGUGUGCCUGAUGGACAAGGGCUGCCUGCCGCGGCCACCGCUCACACUCACCGCCUCCAUGAGUGUGAUUUUCAAGGAGCCCACGCCGCCCGACACCGAGCUCAUCCUUCGCAGCCGCGUCCUGUCGCUGCGCGAGAGCGCCGCCGCCUCCGGCAGUAGCAGCGGCGGCGGCACCGGCGCCUACGGCAGUAGCGGCAGCAGCGGCACCAGCAGCGGCGGCGGCGGCGCGUACGGCAGCAGCAGCGGCAACAAGAUGGCACAGGCGCAGGCGCAGAAGGCGACGGUGGAGGUGGAGGUGGUGGUGCUACAGCCACUGGACGCUGCUACAGCCGCCGCCGCCGCGCCGCCCAGCAGCUCGUUGGGCCCCGUGCAGGGCGCGGAGACGGCGGCGGCGGCGGCGGGGGCGGCGGGGGUGGCGGGGGCGGGAGAUGGCUCCCAGGGUUUCGUGCCGGGGCACGGCACGGGGGAGCCGCCCAUGAAGAUCCUGGCGGUGGGGCGUGGCGUGUUCAAACGCCUGGGGGCGCUGCGGGCGCUGUGAGGGCAGCGUGUGUGUGUGACGCUGUGGAGUGUGUGGAGUGUGAGGCAUGGGGAAAGGGGAGCGGCUUUGGCUGGCAGCUCUUGGUACUUGGUGGAAGAAGGAAGUCCAUAGACGGCGAGGCCCAGUCCAUGGUAAAUUGAAUGCGGGGCGCGUUGUUUGGUGCGGGGGUACGGAAUGUGAGUGUGGUAGUGGCUGGUCGUUGCCAAGCAAGGCUGCCGGCUAUGGGUUAGGAUGGCUUAUGAGUUACAGGCUUGCAGCGGCAGCAGCAUUGCUGGCCAUUGAUAUAGGAGGAGAGAGGUCCUGCGCCACAGAUGUGGACCAGAGGUGACCAGGACGAUGAGGACUGGGGCCACACGUGUGAGCCGGUGGCGGCCGUGACGCCAUGUGUACCUGCCCAAACUAAACCUCAACCGAAUGCGAAACCAGCGGAGCACAGGCCGAGGUGAAAGAUGCAAGCGAUUAGGGAGAGGAGGUUAGGUCCGGCAACACGUUGUGCCUCGCUGUACAUGUGGCGCAGCCCUUAUAGCAUUGGAUGCGAAGUUGCUUGUGCUGUCACUGUUGAUGCUUUGCGGCACAUAAGCGCAUUGCCGGGUUGGUAUAUCAUAAAGCAACAUUUGGCAGGGGGUGGGUGGAGUUUAUGGGGGGCGCUCAAGCAUGCUCGAGGGCUGCGGCAUGUCCCUCGAGUACUCGAGUCCUGCUCAUACAUAUUCGUACACAUGUGUAUCGAGGUGGAUGAGUAUUAAGGAGUGUAAGGAACCCGUGCAACGAUGCAAACCCCUCAGUCUA